AGUCCAGCUCCUCAGAGCUGUAAGUAGUAGUAUGUAAAGAUCUGAAUGUAUGAAGCUAAAGUCAGAAUGAAUAAGACGAUGUAUGAAACUGGAAAAGCAGCGAUCACCGGUGCAAAUCCUAAUACUCCUCCCAUUGGGUGUACUCCAGUUCAUUUGAAUCUUGUGGUCAGGCAUGGAACACGUACACCUACAGAAAAGAGAGCAAAAGAGCUAAAAAAGCUGGAGAAGAUUCUAAACUCUGCAGGGCACACGAUUGAGGAAGACGCCUACGAGUCAAAGCAGGGACUGCCAUCUUGGUUAAUGGGGUGGCGAUCUCCUUGGGAGAGCAGGAAAACAAAUGGAGAACUAACACGCGAAGUGGAAGAAGAGUUGUAUCAUUUGGGAAAAAGAGUUAGAGAAAGAUUUCCAGAACUGUUCAAUGAAGAUUAUCAUCCUGCUGUCUAUUCAAUAAAUUCAACCCACGUUCCUCGAGCCUCGGCUAGUGCAGUGGCAUUUGGCAUGGGUUUAUUCGCUGGGAAAGGAGGCCUCGGACCAGGUCGGCAACGGGCAUUCACUGUUACAAGUAAUAGUCUAGAAAAAGAUACACUUUUGCAUUUUCAUGAUGCUUGCGAAACUUACAAGGACUUCAAGAAGAAAUGUAAGACUAAAGUAAAGGCUAAACUUAGAGCUGAUGUUUACAAAACAGUUUCAACUUCAUUGGCAGAACUCUAUAGGUUGAAGUUUACGGAAGAGAAUGGGGUGGAGUCCCUUUGGUUUCUUUGCAAGCAAGAACCAGCCUUACUGGACAAAACUGAUCAAGCUUGUGGACUUUUCAACCAAACUGAGGUGAGGCUAUUUUGA